AUGUGCGAGGAUAAUUGGGGGAAGAAUGGGGGUUGGAAGGGCGUGAGGGCGGGCAGAAGGAGCAGGCGGGAUGUGAGGUUGAGGUGGGAUGGGCGGAGAGGGGUGGGAUGGGCGGAGAGGGGUGGGAUGGGCGGAGAGGGGUGGGAUGGGCGGAGAGGGGUGGGGGCGCAGAUACCACCCUUCACUGUCGCUUGCGUCUCUCCUCCUCCAUCAUCUCCUCUUCCACCCUCUCUCUCCUCUUCCACCCUCACUCUCCUCCUACAUCCCUCCCCCUUUCGUCCACCUCUUGCCGCACUUUCCUUCCUCUCUUACUCUGUUUCCAGCCCCUCCCCACCUAUACCUCUCUUUUCCCUCCCCCCCACCACCUUCAGGCGCUCUUUCUCCUCCCUCACCUCCUGUGUCUCUGUCUCCCCCUCUGGCCGCCUCUCCCUCUCCCUCCGCCCCUCCUCCCUCCGCCCCCUCCUCCUCCUCGCCUCCCUCCUCUUCCUCCUCCUCUUCCGUUCCCGCAUCCUCCCCCUUGUCUCCGCUCUCCUCUCUCUCCUCCUCUCCCUCCCCCUCCUCUUCUUCCGCCUCCUGGGAUUCCGCUGGGCGGAGGGGGACUUAAGCUGGGGGGAGUGGGGGUGGGGGAGCGGCGGGGGGAGGGGCAGGGGGAGGCGGGUGGUGCGGGACCGGUCGAUGGGGGGAAAGGAGGUGGUGGCGUCUGAGGGGUGGCGCAAGUGGUGGGAGGGGGUGGGCGGAGGGGGGGAGAGUGGGCGGGAGGGGGGGAAAGGGAUGGGUGUGAGAGAGGGGGGUGUGCGGAGGUGGAGGAGGGGCGGAGGGGCGAGGCAGAGAGGGGUGAGUCCGUUGGAUCUACCAGCGGAGACGUCGCGAUCAGAGAGAGAGCUGCGGGCGUUGGGGCUGCUGGCAGGGGAGGCGGGGAGUGGAGGGCGCGCGGGGAGGCUGACUGGGCGGCAGGAGGAGCCGGCGUGGUGGAGGGAGGCGUGCAUUGGCGCAGCAGGGAUGGCUGCCUCUGCCUCGCCUGCUGUAGCGCCUGAUAUGGUAGCAGCCGCAGCAGCAGCAGGAGGAGCUGGAAGAGAGGGGAGUGCAGCAGCGGGUGGGGCGUGGAGCGUGGCGAGGGAGGGCAGCGAGGAGGCGCAUCUUGUUGUGCAACGUGAGGGCUAUUCUCCACCUGCGUGGUCCCUCCCUGCUGUGUUUUCCACUUGUUAUCCUCAUCCCUGUGACUCCCGCUCCUGCUGCUGCAUUUCCCCCUCCCCCUCCCCCCCACGUCUUUCUCUUCCGACCAUCCACAUUCCUGUCUUCUCUACCGCACCAUCCCAAUCACCCAUCACCACCAGGCAUGUUGAGUCAGCGGCUCGCCUUCAGCUCUACACCUGGUCUCUCCCAACUCGUAUUCCCUACCCCCCCUUCCCCCUCCCUCCUCAGCUGUACACGGCGUAUCGUCGCAGUGGGGCCACGGUGGGCAUUGAUUCGGACAACAGCCGCGACGCGCUCUUCAGAGCUGCCAUCAACACCGCCUUCUCUGCCGCUGCCGGGUGGGUGCACUCCUCUCUCAUCCCUUCUCUGCCGCCACCAGGUCACUGCAUGCCUCCUUCGCCUCCUUCACCUCACCCCUUGGCCUCCUUCGCCUCCCAUGGCCACCAGUCUCCCCUGUUAGAUGCAGACCCCCCAUUAACGCCACUGCCAAUGCUGCUGUUGGGGAUGAUCUCUUUCUCCCCGCCUAGAAUGAAAGAUGCCACUCCGCCCCUCCUUCACCUCCUUGCACACGCCCCACUCAUGCUCCCCACUCAUGCUCCCCACUCAUGCUCCCCCGCAUGCGGCAUAGCCACCCUUCCACGACCUUUCUUCCUGCCAUUCCCACACUGCUCUCCUUCCAGCCCAUUCCCACCCUGCUGUUCCCAUCGAAACACCAAUACCUUCUCUCCUUGUUCCAUCAUCUGCCUCUUUCCACCCUCCAGCGCCCCCCUCCCCGCCCUCCCUCCAGCGGACAUCCCACUCUUCCUCGCCUGCCUGGCAGCAGCCGUCCGUCUGCCCUCUCCCCGCGCGCUCACCAUGGUGCUCGCCGCCCUCGCUGCCCGCACCCGCUCCUCCUUCCUGCAGGCCUGGGCACUGGUGAAGCAGAAUCGGCGCAGUGAGGCAGAGGAGGAGCUUCAACGCCUUGCCAGCAUCGCCACCACCCUGCCCCCUCCUCCCAACUCGAAAUGGAGACGGUGGUGGCCAAUACCACCACACUCAAAUCCUCAUCCCCCAUCUCUGACGCCUCUACCCACUCGUCCCUCCAAUCCCCCAUCUCUGACGCCUCUACCCACUCGUCCCUCCAAUCCCCCAUCUCUGACGCCUCUACCCACUCGUCCCUCCAAUCCCCCCUCUCUGACGCCUCUACCCACUCGUCCCUCCAAUCCCCCAUCUCUGACGCCUCUACCCACUCGUCCCUCCAAUCCCCCCUCUGACGCCUCUACCCACUCGUCCCUCCAAUCCCCCCUCUCUGACGCCUCUACCCACUCGUCCCUCCAAUCCCCCCUCUCUGACGCCUCUACCCACUCGUCCCUCCAAUCCCCCAUCUCUGACGCCUCUACCCACUCGUGCCUCCAAUCCCCCAUCUCUGACGCCUCUACCCACUCGUCCCUCCAAUCCCCCCUCUCUGACGCCUCUACCCACUCGUCCCUCCAAUCCCCCAUCUCUGACGCCUCUACCCACUCGUCCCUCCAAUCCCCCAUCUCUGACGCCUCUACCCACUCGUCCCUCCAAUCCCCCCUCUCUGACGCCUCUACCCACUCGUCCCUCCAAUCCCCCAUCUCUGACGCCUCUACCCACUCGUCCCUCCAAUCCCCCCUCUCUGACGCCUCUACCCACUCGUCCCUCCAAUCCCCCCUCUCUGACGCCUCUACCCACUCGUCCCUCCAAUCCCCCCUCUCUGACGCCUCUACCCACUCGUCCCUCCAAUCCCCCCUCUCUGACGCCUCUACCCACUCGUCCCUCCAAUCCCCCCUCUCUGACGCCUCUACCCACUCGUCCCUCCAAUCCCCCCUCUCUGACGCCUCUACCCACUCGUCCCUCCAAUCCCCCAUCUCUGACGCCUCUACCCACUCGUCCCUCCAAUCCCCCCUCUCUGACGCCUCUACCCACUCGUCCCUCCAAUCCCCCAUCUCUGACGCCUCUACCCACUCGUCCCUCCAAUCCCCCAUCUCUGACGCCUCUACCCACUCGUCCCUCCAAUCCCCCCUCUCUGACGCCUCUACCCACUCGUCCCUCCAAUCCCCCCUCUCUGACGCCUCUACCCACUCGUCCCUCCAAUCCCCCAUCUCUGACGCCUCUACCCACUCGUCCCUCCAAUCCCCCAUCUCUGACGCCUCUACCCACUCGUCCCUCCAAUCCCCCCUCUCUGACGCCUCUACCCACUCGUCCCUCCAAUCCCCCAUCUCUGACGCCUCUACCCACUCGUCCCUCCAAUCCCCCAUCUCUGACGCCUCUACCCACUCGUCCCUCCAAUCCCCCCUCUCUGACGCCUCUACCCACUCGUCCCUCCAAUCCCCCAUCUCUGACGCCUCUACCCACUCGUCCCUCCAAUCCCCCAUCUCUGACGCCUCUACCCACUCGUCCCUCCAAUCCCCCAUCUCUGACGCCUCUACCCACUCGUCCCUCCAAUCCCCCCUCUCUGACGCCUCUACCCACUCGUCCCUCCAAUCCCCCCUCUCUGACGCCUCUACCCACUCGUCCCUCCAAUCCCCCAUCUCUGACGCCUCUACCCACUCGUCCCUCCAAUCCCCCCUCUCUGACGCCUCUACCCACUGGUCCCUCCAAUCCCCCCUCUCUGACGCCUCUACCCACUCGUCCCUCCAAUCCCCCCUCUCUGACGCCUCUACCCACUCGUCCCUCCAAUCCCCCAUCUCUGACGCCUCUACCCACUCGUCCCUCCAAUCCCCCCUCUCUGACGCCUCUACCCACUCGUCCCUCCAAUCCCCCAUCUCUGACGCCUCUACCCACUCGUCCCUCCAAUCCCCCCUCUCUGACGCCUCUACCCACUCGUCCCUCCAAUCCCCCAUCUCUGACGCCUCUACCCACUCGUCCCUCCAAUCCCCCAUCUCUGACGCCUCUACCCACUCGUCCCUCCAAUCCCCCCUCUCUGACGCCUCUACCCACUCGUCCCUCCAAUCCCCCCUCUCUGACGCCUCUACCCACUCGUCCCUCCAAUCCCCCCUCUCUGACGCCUCUACCCACUCGUCCCUCCAAUCCCCCAUCUCUGACGCCUCUACCCACUCGUCCCUCCAAUCCCCCAUCUCUGACGCCUCUACCCACUCGUCCCUCCAAUCCCCCCUCUCUGACGCCUCUACCCACUCGUCCCUCCAAUCCCCCAUCUCUGACGCCUCUACCCACUCGUCCCUCCAAUCCCCCCUCUCUGACGCCUCUACCCACUCGUCCCUCCAAUCCCCCCUCUCUGACGCCUCUACCCACUCGUCCCUCCAAUCCCCCCUCUCUGACGCCUCUACCCACUCGUCCCUCCAAUCCCCCAUCUCUGACGCCUCUACCCACUCGUCCCUCCAAUCCCCCAUCUCUGACGCCUCUACCCACUCGUCCCUCCAAUCCCCCAUCUCUGACGCCUCUACCCACUCGUCCCUCCAAUCCCCCAUCUCUGACGCCUCUACCCACUCGUCCCUCCAAUCCCCCAUCUCUGACGCCUCUACCCACUCGUCCCUCCAAUCCCCCAUCUCUGACGCCUCUACCCACUCGUCCCUCCAAUCCCCCCUCUCUGACGCCUCUACCCACUCGUCCCUCCAAUCCCCCCUCUCUGACGCCUCUACCCACUCGUCCCUCCAAUCCCCCAUCUCUGACGCCUCUACCCACUCGUCCCUCCAAUUCCCCCCCCUCCCGGCCAUGCCUGCCUGGCAGGCGGAUAUGGAGAUGGUGGCGGCGGGGCCAACACCACCGCACUCAACUCCUGUUGCCCCCUUUUGGAUGCCCCCAACUCUCCCCCCCCCCCUUCCCCCUCCGCUCGCCCCUCAUCCCAUCCUGCCCAUGCCUGCAUGCAGUGCACACCGGCAGGCGGAGAUGGAGAUGGCGGCAGCAAGGCUGACGCCACUAACUUCCCGCUCUCCCCACUCUGACCCUUCCUUUCCCUCCCACCCAUCACCUGUGUGUGCAUCAUGCCUGGCAGGCGGAGAUGGAGAUGGUUGUGGCGGGGCUGGCACAGAGGAUGAGCCCCCCAUUCCACCGCUGUCUCACCCCAACCACCCACGCCUUCCUUGUCCCCGCCUUCCUUGUCCCCGCCUUUCUUGUCCCCGCCUUCCUUGUCCCCGCCUUCCUUGUCCCCGCCUUCCUUGUCCCCGCCUUCCUUGUCCCCGCCUUCCUUGUCCCCGCCUUCCUUGUCCCCGCCUUCCUUGUCCCCGCCUUCCUUGUCCCCGCCUUCCUUGUCCCCGCCUUCCUUGUCCCCGCCUUCCUUGUCCCCGCCUUCCUUGUCCCCGCCUUCCUUGUCCCCGCCUUCCUUGUCCCCGCCUUCCUUGUCCCCGCCUUCCUUGUCCCCGCCUUCCUUGUGCAUCAUGCCUGGCAGGCGGAGAUGGAGAUGGUGGCGGCGGGUCUAGCACAGAGGAUAAGCCACGGGGAGAGGGAGGAGCUGCUGUGGGUCUACUGCAGGGCGGGCGGGAAGGACACCAGAGACGCCAUGGCACGUGCGCUUGGCCUGUAGCAGCGUUCCUGUGCCCCCUCUUGCCGAGGUUGUUGGGCGGAGAUGGAGAUGGUUGCGGCGGGGCUGGCGCAGAGGAUAAGCCAUGGGUAGAGGGAGGUGCUGUGGGUCUACUGCAGGGGGGAAGGAGACAAGAGACGCCAUGGCACGUGCCCUUGGCCUGUAACAGUGUGACUUAG